UUGAAAAAAUUUCGUACUAUCACCUUUUAUUCCCGUGCAUGCGAACUGAGCUUCAACCUGCGCAAACCAAAUUUCGGGAUCUUCUGGCCAAAAUGCGGGCAAACGUAAAGUUACUCGGUCCACCGCACUAGUAUCUUCACCGCUCGCGUCCUUAAAUUCUUGCGCGACGUCAUCGCUAUCGCUACGAGGCGGAUUCAUUAUAACAACGCAGGCAAAAUAACACGACGCGCAGAAAAAUCAAAAGAUUAAAAGCGUAUUGAAUUGGAGUCACCACUGAGGAUGUAAUGUUACUAUUCCUACAAAUAGCGAGCGGAUACGAAGUGAAACACCGUAGAAGAAAUACAAUUCGUAUACUGAUAAUAAUUAACGAGAUAUUAACAAUAAUUGUAUUGGAAAAGACGGAAGGACGAGUGACGUGGAGUUGUGUGCGAGGUGAUUCGUAGCACACUGCGCUGCCGGCCAAGCGACUGGGAGCAGGUUCCAGACCGGUCCGCGUCUCCCGCAUACCGCGCCCCGCGACAUACGCGUUCGUGACGUAGCCGCUGUUAGUGAUGAGGGCACGACGACGCGUAGUGAUGUGCCACACUCUGUAUAACGUGAUAGUCUGCCGCCCUGUAUAAUAUAACAGGUUGCAGGUCAUGGCCACUACAACUACCAGCUGUUGACAGCCUGCAGCAUCCUGAGCCAUGGCGUCGCUCUGGACAUGUUCGGCUUCAACGUAGUAUUAGCGGCCGCGAGCUGUGAUUUGGAGCUUGGGAUAGUGGAGUCUGGGGCUUUGGCGUCUGCCCCUUUCGCAGGUGUGAUAUUCGCGUUUCUUUGGGGGUAUUAUGCAGACACUCGUGGUAGGAGACGAGCUAUCCUGCUGUCCAGCUCGGUCGGAUUCAUCAUGGCUGCACUGAGUAGCUUGGCUCCAUGCUGGCAGGCGAUGCUUGCUUUGAAGCUUAUUGGAUGCUCCUUCUCAACUGCAUCUUUUUCUCUGACCAUGACUUACUUGGGCGAGUGCACUGGCCCUAAAUUGAGAGAUCGCUAUAUAUUUAUCAUGACAUCUGCAAAUCUAGCAUCUGAAAUUGUUGCCUUCGGCUUAGCAUAUUUCCUGCUACAGUUAAACUUCAUCGUUCCAAUCACUUGGCUCGCCAUCACCUAUCGUCCGUGGCGAUUGUUCACCUUCAUCAUGGCUUCUCCUCUCGGGAUGGGAGCAGUGAUGAUAUACUUCCUCCAAGAAAGCCCUAAAUUCUUGGCUGAAAGGUCAAGUUCUAAGGAGACUGUGAAAGUGCUCAAAGUUAUCUACGAGAUGAACGGUGGCAAAAAGGACGAUUAUCCAGUGAAAGAUAUAAAAAUUGACCAUUCGGAGAGAAGAAAUGAAAGAUUCUGGAGUUCACUGAUGAAGCAGACGACGCCUUUGUUCAAACCUCCCUUAUUGUGGAUAACGCUUCAACUGUUCUAUCUUAUGACCAUUGCUAUUAGCACAAAUAACGUGUUUAUCAUGUGGUUUUCUAUCUUCGUAAAUUUAUUUUUUAACUCGUUGACGGUGGACAACGACAACGGAUCUUUUUGUGAAAGAAUCGUCUCUAAUUUGACUGUGCCACAGUCUGAUUCGAUAACCUGCUCUGACACCAUUUCUUCUAACACUCUAUACUCCGGAAUGCUUUUGGGCUUGUUUUACACUUUCGUGACUCUGUUGGUGUCCAGAAUUGCCUCUUGGAGAAGACUUGUCCUCAUUACCUCGUUCACAAUAGCAGCAAUCAGUGGAAUAUUAGUAGACUUACUGAAAGAGCCUUGGGCUAAUUUAAUAGUUUUCGUACUGUUACAAGGUACGCUGCUGGGGAUCGGCAGUGUGGCUUCUUACUUCGUGGACUUGUAUCCGACCGCUUGCAGAGGUUUAGCAAUGAGCUUGGCAAUGAUGACUGCACGACUAGUGGCGCUGGCCGGAGUGAACGCAGUGGGUGCCGUCAUAGUAAACCACUGCAGUCUCACCUUCUACGCCUGGACUGUUCUUAUAGCUGGCGGAGUUAUUGUAGUCUUCUUUCUACCAGCACACAAAGUGACCAAAAAGUGACACACCAAAACAUACCAAACCAGUCACAUACCAAAUAACAUUUUUUUUAAAUAAGAGACUAAUUUUUCUUGCUCGAUGUGAAAAAAAAAAUUGCUUCGUUUUGAUAAAGAU